AAUCAUUUGUCAUUCUGUUCAUAUUUUUUAUGGCCAUUAAAUGAAAUUAAAAAAGGACUUAAAUUAUUAAAUUUUCCACGCCCAUAAUGGGUUAAGCAUCAUUUAUUCACUGUGGGUACUGAACAAAAUUAUUGACAAUCUUAAAAUUCAGCUAACAUUCAAAUUGCACAUCACCCAAAUGAAUGGCCACACAAAAUCAACUAAUUAAAAAUGCCGUUUGUGCAGCCGUCUCACGUGAAUGACAGUUAAAAGAGAAAUGUUAAGUCCUUUACACGCCCACAUCGAUUUAAUUGGGGAAAAGGUAGCCGUCCCAUCGUUAUAAAUACCAGGAAAUGCUAACUGAUUGUCAGUUUAUAGUGUUUAUUUGCCUGUUAGCCGUCAUAUCCCUAUACUACUACUCUCUAAAAAAAUUAACAGUCUUCAAGAUGUUAUUCAAUCCGAAGCCGUUGAAGGAUCCAAUAAACUUCAGAUUUCCCUUACAAUGUAUUUGGCUAAAACUGAACGGAUCGUGGCCACUAAAACUCAAUGUGACUGGUGAGUUUGAGAAAUACUUUCGUUUGCUCUACAGCACCUGGGCCUGGUAUGUGGUGGCCAUGGUAGGCAUAACCAUAGGUUUUCAGAGCGCAUUCCUGCUAAAAUCUUUCGGCAAUAUAACGGUCACCACGGAGAACGGCUGCACCACAUUUAUGGGUGUGUUGAACUUUGUGCGCUUGCUGCAUUUGAGACUGCAUCAACGGGAAUUCCAACAAUUGUUAGCACAGUUCGUGAAGGAUAUCUGGAUUACGAGCUCUUCACAUCCCACAGUUGAGCGCGCUUGUGCCCGCAAUAUGCGUGUCUUUCAAGUAAUCUCGGUUCUCGAGGCCAGCCUCAUUACCAUGUACUGCAUUCUGCCCUUGGUGGAACUUUAUAUGUUAACGGUGAAUACAGAACCCAAUGCCUUAGAGAGCGCGCCGAAGCCAUUCCCUUAUAAAAUGUUAUUUCCUUACAACGCAAAUCACGGCUGGCGUUAUGCGCUCACCUAUUUAUUCACCGCUUGGGCCGGUGUUUGUGUGGUGACCACACUCUUCGCUGAGGAUUCGCUAUUUGGCUUCUUUGUCUCCUACACUUGUGGCCAGUUUCGCAUUCUACACACGCAAAUGGAUAAUAUUAUACCCGAUUCGUAUGCAGCGACUCGAGCUGGACAUGGCACAGAGGCGGUUUAUCAACGGGAAUGCAUUCGUCGUCUGGAUGGAAUUGCUAGCAAGCAUUGUGUAUUAUUUAAUUUCGUCAGUCGCAUGGAAGAAUUCUUCAGUCCCAUUUUGUUGGUGAAUUUCAUGAUUUCAUCGGUUCUAAUUUGCAUGGUGGGCUUUCAAUUGGUGGCGGGUAAUAACAUGUUCAUUGGUGAUUAUGUAAAAUUUUUGGUUUACAUUCUCUCAUCGCUCUCACAAUUAUUUCUGCUUUGCUGGAAUGGUGACCAGAUAAUUCAAAACUCCCUCGAGAUGGCCAACCACUUGUAUGCCUGCAACUGGGAGUGUGGCGUCAAAGUAGCUGCCACUAAUGCAAAUACCAAUGCCGUAAAUAACAUGCAUCCCGACGAAGAUGAAAAAACGACGCACUCGGCGCCAAUAGUAUAUUAUUCCACGAGUGUCGCUUUUCGCAAAAAACUGCAAUUCAUGAUUAUGCGCAGUCAAAGACAGACAUGCAUAACGGCGAUGAAGUUCUCAAUAUUGUCGCUGAACAGCUUCUCCGGCUUAAUCAGCUCAUCGAUGAGCUAUUUCGCACUUUUGCAAAGUUUUUACGAGAACGAAGAGAAUUAAGCAGUGUGGCAGUGGUUUCGUCUGCAGCAAGCAUAUGCGCUUUGGAACACUUUUGUUGCACAAUUUGGCUGUGCAUUAUAUGUAUGCUUACAUCUACAUAACAUAUUUAAAUUUACUUUUUACAAAUUUUCUUCACAUUGGUUUAACAAUAGGAAAAUAGCUAAAUUUACACAAUAAAAAUGAUUUAGAAAUAUGCAAUG